GGGGCGAUGUUGGGGAAACUGAUGGAGGAGACUGGGGAGAUGGAACAAGGGAAGGGGAGAGAUGUGGGGAGAAAGAGGGCAGAGAAAAUGAGGGAAAGAGUAGAGGAGAGAUGGGGAGAGCGACAGGGAGAAGUCAGGAUAAAGAAAUGGGGAAAGAGGGAGGAAGGGAGGGGGACAGAGACAUGGGGAGCAGAUGAAGAAGACAGUGCGAGUGACAGGAGUGGGGAAAGAGGCUCGAGGAGACCGGGAGACGUUGAGGAAGAAAAAGGAAGCUGGGAAAGAAGGAACUGGGACACACAGCGGGUCCCAGAGAUGAAAGGAAACCAGAUGCCUAUGUGGACGCAGCCGUCCACAUUUUUCCCCCGGGGGUUCAAGAACAAGAGGGAGGAAGCAGCGGGGAGACAGAGCUGGGGCGGGUGGCCCAGUCAGAGCGCUUCUCCCCGUCCUCCUGAGACAACCCUCACCCGCCUUCCCAGGAUGCAACAGGAGGUGGAGCCCCUGUGCUCCUCCGCCAUGGGCAACCCCAGCAUGCACAGGGACGCAGGAGCGCUCCUUGUGGACCGAGAGACCCCAGAGGAGAUGCAGGCGCGGAGCCUGGGCAGACCUGUCAAAUCCUCGAAACAGUAUCUGCGUCAGGUUAUUGCAGAAUACGAGGCGCUGGACCGAGAGCUCCCGUGCAUCCGGAAGUUUCCCAUGCCGCCUGCCGCUCAGCCGCUUUGUCUGUGCAUGGAGACCUCGCCUGAAGAGGACCUUACCCACGUGGAGGUGCUGGAGGCCCUGGAAGCCGAGUUCCCCGGGGCCAUGGAGAGUGGGCGCGUGAGCAGCAUCCGCUUUGAGAACAUGAACGUCAUCUGUGGGACUGCUGGACGCCAGGACCGGUGGCUCAUCAUGGUCACGGACUUCCAGACUCGAUCGCGCCUGCUGCGCUCGGGGCUUCGACUCCGUGGGAACCUGCAUCCUCUCGUGCGCCACGACGAACUGCUCCUGAGCGAUUACCGCCUGCACCUGCGCCGUUCCCUGGUCCGACGGCGCAUGCUCGAGGCUCUGGGGGCGGAGCCGACCGAGGAAGACUGACAUUUAGGGGGGCGGGCCCCGGCUGCGCUUGCGCACCGCCCCUCUGGCUCGGGAUACCCACCGGGAACCUCAGAGGAAAAGGGGAGUUGCCUCCCCAGGAAGGAGGCGGGGUCGGCUCGAGGGGGUGGAUAC